AGUCCUCCCCGUGCUUUAGAACCGGAAAGGGGAGGCGAGCGAGGAAUGAAAAAUGGGACCUUUGUGGAAGGAGCAGGACUUCCUCAGCUGCUGUGGUAGCAAAAGAUUCGCGAGAGAGAUGGCGGCCGCCUCCCCUUUCGCCGAUCUCGAUCACGCUCUCCAAUCCGCCAGAGAGAUUUGGUUCAACAAGAUUGAUGUAAAUGGAUGGCUCGAGGCCUUUGCCGCUCAUCCGGCGAUCGGCGCUGCAUCCCCCUCCAUCUCCCAGUGGAGCAAGGAAGAGCAGUCCACUGCGCUAGCUACUGCCACCGAUUCCACUAUGGAGGAGUUGGUCUUGUGGAAUGCUCGAUACAGGGAGAAGUUCGGGUUUGUGUUUGUGAUAUGUGCGUCUGGGAGGGGCACACCAGAAAUCUUAGCUGAGUUGAAGAAACGUUACCUGAAUAGGCCCAUCAUUGAAUUUGAGAUAGCAGCAAAGGAGGAGAUGAAAAUAAUUGAAUUGCGUCUUGCAAAGCUUUUCGAGACCCAGGCCGGAACGACCCCAUCCGUGACUGCACAGCUUCCUGUCAGUCAGUCAAAUAGACCUGGAGAGAUCAAGUUAUAUGUGGCAAACCAACAAAGGGAGACCCAUGCAUUGAUUCCUAAAAUCAAAGCCCACUGGAAGCCUGAGUUCCACAAGUUAUUUGUUACUUUGUGCCUAGACCAGGUUGUAGCUGGAAAUAAACCUGGGACACAUCUAAACAAGAAGGGUUGGAAGUGUGUUAUGGACAAGUUCUAUGAGAGAACUGGGAUAAGGUAUGACAAAAAGCAAUUUAAGAACCAUUGGGAUAGCAUGAAAGACCAGUGGAAAAUUUGGAGCAAGUUAAGAGGUAAUAUUCCUGAAGGUGGAUGGGACCCAGAUACUCAAACAAUUAACAUGAGUGAUGAGUGGUGGUCUAAUUACUUACAGAUGCAUCCAGAGGCUGCUCAAUUUCGUUACAAGGGGCUCCCCUUAGUGGACUUAUUGAACACAUUAUUUUCAGGAGGUGUUGUGGGUGGGGCCAUCACAUUGGAACACUCUCAGGGUAUCAUGUCAAAUGUUGAUGCAGAGGGACCAUCUCAAGCAACGUCAAGUCCAGAUAAUAACUCUGUACUCCAUGAGGCCAUUCCUAAAAGUCAGGUGAGGAGUCAAGAAUCACCAACUUUCUCUCAGGGUGAGUUCGAAAAUGAACCUUUAUUGCAGCGUAGGAGGAUGAAUCAAGAUCCACCAAUCUCACUUUGUCAAUGUAAGAGAGAUUCAGGAUCCUUAAAAUUUGACAGACAACAGUAUCAUCGUUAUGAGGUGAUUGAGUCAAGGAGCACAGCAACAUCUGCUCUUAGAGAAGAAUACAGCAUUAGAGAGUGCAUACACUUGUUGAAUGAGAUGCCAGAAAUACAGCAAGGAAGCGAGUUGUACAUGUUUGCUCUUGAUGUCUUCUUGAAGAAAGAAUACAGGGAGCUCUUUAUUGCAUUGGGUUUUCCUAAAAUGCGACUUGCAUGGUUAUCUCGACAACAGAAACUUGCUAGCAACUGACUCCAGCUACUUUGUCUAGUCUUCUUCUAAAGCUGUCUGUGUUUUUAUUUCAGUGGUACUAAACAUGAUAUUAGAUAUUCAUUAAAUCAUAUUAACUACCUUGCUUUAUUUUAGCACUCGUUACAUAUUUGUUUAUUUGUAUGGCAUGUUUGGAAUGAAAUGCAUGGGAUCCAUACCAUGAUUUGGUAGUUUCUUUAUGAUCAUCCUACCCACUGCAGCUCUAUGCCAAAUUUCUUAUCUCUUAGGUAUGGAACGCCUGCUACUCUGCUAGUGUGUGAUAUGCAUGGAUCGCUUGGUAGAUUUUUACUAUUUUACAAACUGGUAGAUUUUUCUCAUGCUACACGUGUGAUACAACAAGCUAAGGGUGCAAGGUUUUCAGACAUAAAAUCAUAUCCGUUUCAUUUAUCAACAGGAAUUUCAAGUGUAGAAGACACAGUUGAGGACAUUUAAAAUGUGUUUGACAACU